CUGUCAGACGGUGAGUUCGUUCCCCGGAGCUGAAGCGGACGGACCGCCGUCGAACAGCGUUUGCCCUUCCGUUGGUUCCGAGCUCCGCGGAGCAGCGAUUCAGCGGACAGACCCUUCCACCGAGCCCGGCCAUGGACGAACAGGCGGGGCCCGGCGUGUUCUUCAACAACAAUAACAACUCCGUGCUGGCCGGCGGAGGCAAAGCGCCGCUGCCCGAUGGCGACGCUGGGGAGGCGGCCAGGGCGCAGUACAGUAUCCCGGGGAUCCUGCACUUCCUGCAGCACGAAUGGGCCCGAUUCGAAGUGGAGCGGGCACAAUGGGAGGUGGAGCGGGCCGAACUGCAGGCCCAGAUCGCCUUUCUGCAGGGAGAGAGGAAAGGCCAGGAGAACUUGAAGAAAGACCUGGUGAGGAGGAUCAAAAUGCUGGAGUACGCCCUGAAGCAGGAGAGAGCCAAAUACCACAAGUUAAAAUAUGGCACGGAGUUAAACCAAGGUGACAUGAAGCCCCCGAGCUAUGACUCUGAUGAAACCAACGAGAACGACAUGUCCGGAUCUCUGAACAAUCAGCUAUCGUGGAAACAAGGCCGUCAGCUCCUCCGACAGUACCUACAGGAGGUGGGCUACACUGACACCAUCCUGGACGUUAAAUCUCAGAGGGUCCGAGCGCUGCUGGGUCUGGCGGGGGACGGAGGGGGGAGGACCGGCGAACGGACCGGCACCGAGCCUCUGGUCAACGGGACAGACACGGCCAAGGGAACCAGAGGAAAAGCCGAGCUGUCGGACACCAGCGCCGUCCUGGAGGCCUUCAAGUUCAUCGAGAACGCCGCGGCCGAGUUCAGCGACGAGGACGAGGAAGAGGAUGGUGAUGGGAAGGACAGGAUGAACGUGGAAUCCAGGACUGUAAGUAGGCUCCGCCCCCUCACCCUCUGCUCUGAGAACAGCCCAUCUGGUCUGAAAGGUCACGUCCGCCUGUUCCGUCUCCAGAUCAUAAGGAAGAAGCCGCCGCCAUCUUCAUCGUUGUCGUCGUCCUCGCCGGCCAGUAUGGACACCAGCGAGGACCCGGACACGGAGGAGGCACUGAAGGGCUUCGACUUCCUGUCCAGCCCCGACGAAAUGGACACGUCACCGGAGUCCAGAGGCACCGGAGACGGGACGGACUGGGAGAAGGACGAACACGGUCCCAUCUCUGAGGCCUGGGAUGUGGACCCGGGUCUGAUAACCAAACUGAAGGAGCAGUACAGAAAGGAACGCAAGGGCAAAAAGGGGGUGAAGAGGCCCAACCGGUCCAAACUUCAGGACAUGCUGGCCAACCUCCGAGAUGCCGAGGACCUGUCCCACAUGCAGCCCCCGUCAGCCCCCCAGGCCCGACCCAACGUGGCCCGCUUCAAUGAGCACGACGCCAACCGGGCAGACGAAGUGGAAGCGCUGACUUUCCCCCCCACCUCAGGGAAGUCCUUCAUCAUGGGUCCGGACGAGGCCAUGGAGAGUGAACUGGGUCUGGGGGAGUUGGCAGGACUGACCGUGGCCAACGAGGCCGACAACCUGACGUACGACAUCGGCAACAAUAAAGACGCCAUGAGGAAAACGUGGAACCCCAAGUUCACGCUGCGGAGUCACUUCGACGGGAUCCGAGCGCUGACCUUUCACCCUGUGGAGCCGGUGCUCGUCACCGCCUCCGAGGAUCAUACGCUGAAGAUGUGGAACCUGCAGAAGACGGCGCCCGUCAAGAAGAGCGCCUCCUUAGACGUGGAACCCAUCUACACCUUCAGAGCGCACAGGGGGGCGGUGCUUAGCGUGGUAAUGAGCUCGACGGGGGAUCAGUGUUUCAGCGGCGGCGUCGACGGGACCAUCCAGUGUUGGAACACGCCCAACGCCAACAUCGACCCCUACGACUCCUACGACCCGUCGGUCCUUCGUGGACCUCUGUGUGGACACACAGACUCGGUCUGGGGUCUGGUCUAUAGCUCCGCCCACCAGCGCCUCCUGUCGUGCUCGGCCGAUGGGACCGUGAGGCUGUGGGACGCCAACAACUCCUCCCCCGCCCUCGCCGUGUUCAACGAAAACAAAAAACUGGGUGCGCCGUCCUCUGUGGACCUGGUCUGCAGUGACCCCGCCCACCUGGUGGCGUCCUUCACCACGGGACAGAUCGGACUGUUCAACAUGGAGACGCGUCAGCUGGUCCUGAGUCUGGAGUCCAGUCCAGAGUCCGGUUCUCCGUGUCAGAUCAAUAAGGUUCUGAGUCACCCCACGCUGCCCAUCACCAUCACGGCGCAGGACGACCGCCACAUCAAGUUCUACGACAACGCCAGCGGAAAGCUGAUCCACGCCAUGGUGGCCCACCUGGACGCCGUCACCAGCCUGGCCGUGGACCCCAACGGACUCUACCUCAUGUCAGGAAGUCACGACUGCUCCAUCCGUCUGUGGAACCUGGACAGUAAAACCUGCAUCCAGGAGUUCACCGCCCACAGGAAGAAGUUCGACGAGUCCAUCCACGACGUGGCCUUCCACCCGUCCAAAUGCUACAUCGCCAGCGCCGGCGCGGACGCCCUCGCCAAGGUGUUCGUAUGACGCGGAGCCGCGGCGUGUCUCCCCGCAGCCCCGCCCUCUGACUCCGCCUCCCAUGAUCAGGGACCAAUAGAGACACAGGAAGGGGCGGGCCCUCGGGCACCUCACGCGGCCCACCGGUUUCCUGUUGUACCGGAACACGACGUAGCCUCAGCGGAACAGGGUCGGCGCGCGGCCGGUCAGGAGGCGGUCCGGUCCCCGUCGUCCAUCCAGGCAGGCCUGGGUGUCUCCGCCCCCUCCUCCAGAACCGACAGUUUAACCCCGCCCCCACGCUCGGGGGUUCAGGACUAAUGGAGCGGAGAGUCGAGCUUUCGCCGUCUUCUACUCCAAUCCCUCGGACAGAACCCUGGGGUACAGGAGGCCCCUCCCCCUGCUCCUGACUCCUCCCCCUCCUGACUCUGCUUGCUGGCCUGCCUUUCUUUUCCUUUUUAAACACUUAUUGACAAAUGUGCCUUUGGUUGAAAAAGGUCUGAACGUGUUGUUUUAUGGAUUUGUUUCGGGAAACGGGAACGCGGAGGCGGAGCUUUUGUCACCAUGUUGUCGAUUUUAACAUCGGAUGUAAAAUUACAAAUGCUUAUAAUAAACAGAAGUAUAUAUUCAGUCUUAAGGCGUGGCUGAGCGUGGCUUUGAUGCUCCUCCCUCUUUUAGCGCCGGUGUCAUGACCCAGACCGUUCGGAUCAUAAACUGUAAACUGGGACCGACCCGGUUCUCCGUCAGGUCCUCGGGGUCCGGUUUCAUCAGAAUCCUCCGGUCUGGGCGGAGUCGACAGCGGAGGCGGCGUUCGCAGCCGCGUGGACGCUCCAGUCGAUGUGAUGUCAUGUCCGGUGUUUAGCGAGAGGUUAGCACGGCGCCGUGGGAGUCGCCGCCGCCAUCGUCCUGCGGUUCUGACCGACUGAACAGACGAGUGGAGCCGACGCCCACCAGUCCAGCUUCAAUGAGCCAUUUUCAGUCACUGGUUUCUAUAUGAAAUGUUCCAAAUAAAACCUGCUGUCAAAUGUGAA